AUGUCGCAGGUUUCCACGCCCAUGGACGUGACGCUCGGUCUUGUGCGCUGGUCUCCAUGUGGUCGGUACGUGGCUGCAGUCAGCAAUAACCGUCUGGUGAUCCGGGACGUUCAAUCGCUAGAAACCGUGCAGCGAUAUCUUACGCUAAACGACGUGCAGUCUCUGGCUUGGUCCAGUGAUUCGCAAUUCGUGCUCACGGCUGCACACAAACGUGCAGUGGUGCAAAUUUGGUCCGUCCAAGACCCAUCCUGGAGAUGCAAAGUAUCCGAAGGGGUUGCAGGAUUGGUCCAUGCGAGAUGGACGCCUGGUGCCCGUCAUGUAGUCACUGUAUCGGACUUCCAGCUGCAUGCUACCGUGUGGUCUCUGGAAGAUUCGACAGUUAGGCACAUGAUCCAGAAUCCGAAAUUAGCGGCGGAUGGACUGAGCUUUUCGGCAAAUGGCGAGUUCCUGGCAGUUGCUGAGCGGCAUGACUGCAAGGACUUUAUUGGCAUCUACAGCUGCGCGAGUUGGGAGUUAACGGCCCAUUUCUCGAUUGAGAGUUACGAUUGUGUCGCAAUCGAGUGGUCGCCGGAGGAUGCGACAAUUGCAGUGCGGGAUACCCACUUGGAGUUUCGGGUGCUGCUCUAUUCACCCGAUGGCACGUUACGGGCAAAGUUUCAGGCGUAUGCGAAUGCGUUGGGGUUGAAGACGAUGGCGUGGUCCCCCUCUGGCCAGUUUCUUGCUUUGGGGAGCUACGAUGAACAUUUGCGCGUACUGAGUCAUCUUCAUUGGAAGCCGGUCGCAGACUUUGACCACGAAAGUGUUGCUCUCAUGAGCUCCCACACGAAUCAGGCAGCGACAGAAUACGAAGAAAACUUUGCGGAUGCCAAUGUCAUGGAUCGACCACAAGGCAAACGUGUUGCAAUCAUGCAGUCUGGCUCUUCGCUGCUUUCCAACUCUCUCCAGGCAGCAUCAGCAGCAGCCGAAGCUGGAGGUGGGAAACAAAGUCGUGACAUCAGCUUCGUGACCCGCUACCCUCCUUUUUCAGUUCGGACGAUUACCUCGGAUCCACUGGCAGACAACCCUAGAAUUGGUAUCAGUCGUGUGGUCUGGAGUGCCGACUCUGCGUUCAUCGCAACUAAAAGCGAUCAGAUGCCAUUUAACGUCUGGAUCUGGCGCACAGAGAGCCUGACGCUCCAUGCGACCGUCUCACUGCUCCAGUCGGUGAAAAGCCUACGGUGGGAUCCGAUGCAUACCCGCCUUGCAAUCACAUCAGGAGAAAAUCGCGUGCACCUUUGGACAAUUGAAGGCAUGUCUUGGGUCGACAUACCUACAAAGUCGUUUCAAGCUCGAGGUAUCCAAUGGGCACCAUCAGGCAAUGCACUCAUCGCCGUGGGUCGACAAGAGUUUUGUUCCGUGACGCUUUAG